AUGGAAUGCACACAUAUUGUUCCCCUGUAUGCUGGAAGGCUUAUAAAUUUGGACCAACAGUCUUCUGAAGCCAGUCCUACCUGAAGUCAGACCUCGACUUUUUAGCCAUGACUAAAACAGUGUAUGGAAGUUUUAGGCCUGUACUGAGAGAGAGCCAUAAAUAUAAAAGACACACGAAGGGAACAUACAUUGGACUUGUUGCAUAUGUCAUUCAGGAUUCUCCCAGCAAGAUGCUCACCUUCAAGCAGAUUAUGAAGAAAUUGGGUGUGUUUGUCACUGGGGACAGGAAAGGUCUGGAAAACAACAUCAGAGUCUGUCUGUCAUCCAACAAGUGUUUUGCAAAAGUUCCCAUUGACCCAGAGUACCCAAAUGCCAAGAGGAACUUCUGGAGAGUGGAUGAGAGCAGCAUCACCCCAAAGAUGCUGCGCCGUCAUUUCAGUGACAUAGCAGAGCUUUUCCCAGGACUGCCUCCUGCAUGGGACAGAAAAGCAGCACCUCCACCCGUCCCCUCUCCACCAAUCUGUCCUGUCAAGAUGGAGGACCGUCCGAACAAGUUUACCGGCCCUUUUUCUAUAGAGUCGCUGUUAAAGAAGGAUCAUCUCCCUCGGGUGCGGAUCACUCUGCAGCAGCAAGCAGCUCACACUGUGUUCAGCACUCACCUCUGCUUUCCUGACCAGGUUUACAGCAGAACAGCGAACACAGACUCACAUGCAUGUUUAGAGAACAGACAGCACAGCUGGUAUUACAUGCACAGAUCUGCAGAGGAGGCCUGCUGGAGGAAGCCUGUACAGAGCAUGGGUUUAUCUCCUGAGCUGCAUCAUGCACUGUUGUAUUCACCACACUUUCCUUAUCAUCACACUCUAUUCACUAAAGUGUCGAGCUCUCCACCUAACACACACCAGCUCACACACACGACAUGGUAACUUCUCAGACUGAGACUUGAAAUGGUGCACUUUGAGUGAAUGGGGAUAGAUACUCAUCCAUGUAGUUUUGCUUGCUUGUAUAUAUAUUUUUUUCUUUUGAAAUAAAACAUAC